AUGAAUCUGCCACAGUCUGUUCCAACUCCGGUUAUUCCCCAAACGCUAAACCACAGAUCCAGUGUCUACAAGUGCUCUGGUCAGUUACCUCCGCUCCUAGCCAACUGUGCCGUUUCUGUCUCAAACUCCGUGCUUUUCAUGCAUGGAGGCUUCGAUCAUUUUACAGAUGAAGUCAGCGACAAAACUCAUCUGCUCGAUUUGACCACGUGGACAUGGAGUGUAAUGGAUGCAGCUCCUGCAGCUCAAGGCAAUACGAUUCCUCCUGGAUUGUGUAAUCACACGGCUACGACACUGAGAAAUGGUCUCGUUUUCAUAUUCGGUGGAGAACAGACGGAUGGGUCGGUAAAUGGACGCAUCUACUUGUUUCAUACAAAGAGAGGGGCGUGGGUGGAUAGCUCGAUAUUGCCGCAAGCGCCGCAUGGAAAAACUCGACAUUCUGCAGCUUUGAAAUCUGAUGAAACAUGCCUGUAUUUCACUGGUGGGAGCGACCCUGACUCGUCUCUGUGUUUUAAUCUCAUCACAAACUCCUGGUCCUUAAUGCCUGAAAUUUCUCUUACUAGCUACGACCAUACCAGCACAAUUAUCGACAACCGGCUUUGGGUUUUAGGAGGUUUGGUAAUGUCAAAUCUCAGCAAGGACCGUGUGCAAUGGUUCAAUUUAGACCCUCUAGGAGGUGGAAGCUCAGCCAUCAUCAACAAAGGGUCUAGGGUGAUCCCUAAUAUCUGCAAGGUUGGCAUGAACGUUUCUGGGGCAUACAACCAUCGACUCUAUAACAUCAAUUGUUCUUCUGAGGCCAUGACAAGCAAAAAUGUGACUUUGUCAAUUUUCGACACACAAGAAAUGGCCUGGAAAAAUGACCCUCUUGAUCCAAUUGAAACUGACACUGAUGGUAACGACGACGACGAUAUUCCGGAUUACCGAUGGUUUGGUGGUGCAACAUGGGACGAUAAAGCUGUCAUUUGGGGUACUCUAGUUCCUGAUUCCAUUGCUCCAACUGAUGUAUUUGAUCGAACAAGUACACAUAUGUUGGUUGUAACACUUGGUGAAAUAGACGGCCACGGAAUAACGGAUAAGGUGGGCAUGUCCAGCGAUUUUUCGACACUUCUGGACUCAGGAGAAUAUUCUGAUUUUGCCAUCACUGGUCUUCAAGACGAAUUGUGGAAGGGUAAUACUGAAUUUUCUCGAUUUACGGCCUCGCGGAAGAAGAAAUUUAAAGGAGACGCCAGCAUUUCCCCAUCGGUAUCCUUAUCAAUUGCGGACCAUCCCCCACCGUAUCCAGUCAAUCCAGGCUCUCCCCACCCUGUCAACUCUGAUUCCUACUCCUCUGGCUACGAUUCCGAUAUCCCCCACGAAGAAACGACCAUAUCGCAUGCAGUUAAAGUGCAUGCUGCUAUUCUUGUGGCUCGAUGGCCAUAUUUUAAGAGCCUUCUUGAUUCAGGCAUGUCAGAGGCACAGAGCAGAACCCUACAUAUCAAUGAACCUAUCAGGUGGAUCACCCCGCUGCUCAGAUGGCUGUACACUGACAGUUUGGGAACAGAAGUAUACCAAAAUUAUGAAAUCAUGACUGGUGUCCUUACUCUUGCCCGAAUCUAUUGUCUACCAGCUUUGGAAUCCAUAUGCCUCAACCAUCUUCAGCGACCACUAUUUGCUAGUCCUGAUGAGGCCCUUCUGGUAUGGGAACGUAUCUACGAUUGUGGAAAUGAAAGCACUAGCCAGGCUGUUGCCAUGUGGUGCUAUCAACACCGUCGGCAGAUUGUGGAGAGCGAUGGGUUCAGAGCUCUAACGAAAGACAAGGUAACAGCCUUACUACAGCAGAUGUUUGAUGCUGAAGAUUCUGACAAGACUGAAAAGUAG